GUCAAAGCAAUCAAGUUGUACAGCCUAUCAGUUCUUUUCAGUUGUUCCAUAGUUGCUACAUUCGUUAUACUGACAUCACGGAAAUCCCCAUAUAAUUUCCACCUCAUGAUGAUUUUUCACGUCCCGGUGGGAGGAACUUGGCAGAUGUCGAAUGGACGAACCGCCGUCUACAAGCAAGACUCACUACUUCAGGUGCCCGACGAUCCACAAGUGAAGAAACGUCAGAGAGAUCUGACCGAAAGCCGCAGAAAGGUGGUGCGCCUCUUAAUUGUACUCGUCGCCUCGUUUGCUAUUUUGACGCUACCUCAUCAUGCCAGGCUGCUCCAUACGAUGUGGUCAACAACGCCGCAGUGCAACAAUGACUGGUCGAUUUUGUUACAACCGCUCAGCUACAUCUUUUUGUUUCUCUCAAGUACAAUCAACCCGAUUCUCUACGCGUUUCUUUCAAAGCGUUUCCGAGAAGCAGCCAGUGACAUUUUCUAUUGCAAGUGGGUAUUCAAUAUUUUCACAAGCUUAUGCUUGGCUUUCAGAGCCCAACCUGAAUUUCAUCGGUGUCGCCCCACACCUGUGAGUAAUGCCUCAUUGCAUCUGGGUGAAGGAACGUUUUCCAAAGAAAAGUUCUACCAGAUCAGGUGA